GCCCGAAUUUAUUUGCGCCAAAGCUUCAACAUCUCGAGCUUCACCCAACCAAUGACCCGCCCAAUCCAACGAUAACAAUUCCAAUUGCCUCUAUGGCCUCAAUAAUACGACCAAGCAGGCUGUCUAGCGCACGCAGCCUCACCACAAUCCUGCGCUGCCCAGCGACCCAACAACGAUCAUCAUUCCUCACCAUACCAACAGCCACCACUAUCAGGAAGUGCAGACAGCAAUCGACAUUACCAGCAGCAAUACGGCCCUUCCAUGCUAGCCCUCCAAGAUGCGACUCCGAUGAACCCUCAAGACCACGAACUGACUUCGGCGCCAUGGACGUCAUGGGCGACACCCCGAUCCCCUCGAGUUCCGUCGAUGCCUGCACCCCGACCGGCUUCCACCUCAACUCGGGCCAGAAGACGUACGACGGGUCGGGCGUGCUGCUCGUCGGUGGGGAGGCGUUCCGCUGGCGGCCGUGGCUUGCCUAUUCAUCGUCCUCUAACCCGAAAUACCGGCUUGUAAACUCGAAAGGUCAAUGGGACUUGCCGCCCUCGUCGCUCGGCCUGCUGAGUCUGAUCUGGCCGCGGCCGGACUUGUUGGUAUUGGGCUUGGGACCGGCGAUUCGGCCGAUUAGCAAGGAGUUGAGGAGAAGCAUCAGUGACUUGGGUAUGCGGGUUGAGGUACUGGAUACGAGGCACGCGGCGGAACAGUUCAAUUUGCUAGCGAGAGAGCGGGGAGUCGACGAGGUGGCUGCCGCUCUAAUACCCCUGGGUUGGGUUGAGGGGUUUGGUGCUGGCCAGGGCGACGAGGGAGAGCUUUAUGCUUGAGGGGUUUUCCGUGAAAAACGGGUAGAUGUAAGAUAUUGGCCUCGCUGUCGCCAUACAUACCGCAAUCUCACACAGGCGGGUUGGAAUACGCGAAGAGAGGCUAUCUACUUCGGCUGAUGCACCAGGAAUCAUGCCCAGGACGCAUAGCUCCACCUACCUUACUCAAAGCUUUGAUGCUUCUUAGAUGUUGGGAAGCUAAGAGUAGUUGCUCUCAUUGGACUGACAAAGGCUUUGACAAACUGACAACGGAGUCGACAUCAAGUCAAGUGUUCUAAGAAGGCGAUAUAGGAUGUAAUAAACUUAAGCGAGUCUUUCAGUGAAGAAACAUGUAUGAUUAUUAUAAAUGUCAUGAAAUAGGUG